CUUCAAUAUAUUUGCGUACAAUUUACACACUCACUCACUCUCUCUCCCUCUCUCUGUAACUUUUUCUCUCCCUCUCUCCUAAUAUACAUUGUUACUUUCGACUCUCGAUUCGGAUUCCUCAAUGCCAUGUGUGUCCAACUUAUUUUUUCACCCUUCUCUCCAUAAAAGCUUGAUUUGAUUUGUUGGCGUUGGCCUUCUCUCUCAGAGCCACCCCCAUUUCCCCGUUCUCGCAAGGCUCGCCUAUUCUAUUCUCUAUUCUCUCUGCUUUUAAUCUCCAGAUUCCUGCUUGAUUAGAAUGAAGAAGUUUGCUGUGAUCAAGUUAGAUUUGGACGAUGACAGGGCCAAGCAGAAGGCUCUGAAAACGGUCUCAGCACUUACAGGGAUAGAUUUCAUCUCUAUGGACAUGAAGCAGAAGAAGUUGACUGUAAUGGGAACAGUUGAUCCGAUCUCUGUGGUAAGCAAACUUCGCAAAUACUGGUCAACAGAUCUAGUCUUAGUAGGACCAGUUAAGGAGCCUGAGAAGAAAGAGGAGCCUAAGAAAGAAGAGCCCAAGAAGGAGGGAGAAAAGAAAGAAGAGCCAAAGAAGGAGGAGGGAAAGAAAGAAGAGGACAAGAAGGAGGAAGGAAAGAAAGAUGAGAAGAAGGAGGACGGAAAGAAAGAAGAGGAGAAGAAGGAGGACGGAAAGAAAGAAGAGGAGAAAAAGAAAGAGGCGGCCCCAGCCCCAGCACCACUUCCACCACCAGUCAUAGUCCCAGACCCUGCAUAUUUAGGGGGGGGUGGUUAUAAUAGGCCAUAUUACCCACUGAUGGCAUAUAAUCCCCAAAUGGCAUAUAAUACCCACAUGGCAAAUCAUCCCCACAUGGCAUAUCAUUCCCCCAUGGCCAGCUACCCUGUCCAAAGCAUGGAAGACAAUCCCAGUACUUGUAUCAUUUUGUGAUCAGCAAGCUGUCCAAAAGGUGAGGGAAAUACAUAAGCUUUCGUAAUUCGAUGCUGGAUCCAAGUCUUUGAUGCCUAUAGUAGGCUACAGCCAGGAUGAUAGGAGCUCUUGUAUAUAAUUAUAUGAUCAUCUCUUGCAUAGUUUGAAACUAGUCGUGUGUAGAGAAAAAGGAAUAAAAUUUGGGGGACGUCGUUGGGACACAAAUGUAAUCAAUAGUCCCAUACCAAUUACCUGUAAUAGUGACUAGAUCGUGUCAUUACCUACCGAAGUAAUCAGUUAAUUUUGUUUGUGGAUGCUCAGGACAUCCUGGAAAUAGUAGAGAUCAGUGUUAAGCAUGUGA